GGCACGCUCCCCUCCACCGCACGCUCGACUGGUGAGAACGGCGGUCUCCGCCAUGGCGCGCGCAGUCAGCCUACCGGUAGCGCGGCGCCUUCCGGUCGCCUGGUUCCGAUUCUCCACGAGCGAUUCGCUUGAUAGCUCUGCCAGCUGUUCCGCGCGCCGGCGGGUCAACAGAAAUUAUAUAGACACGCCAAGGGACUCCAACUGGUCAUCUCCAUCUCCCGCCACGAGCGCCAGCCGACACUCUCACGACCGUGGCCGGAAAGGCGGAGCCGCGUACGGAUCAGUUUGCACGUGUGCAUUAUCGCCCCCAACGACGCUGAUUAGAGGCAGAUCGCAGCUGAUUAACGGUAGAUUGGAAGGGGUUGAUCAGAGAGGAGGAGGAGGAGGAGGAGGAGGAGGUGGUUGUGUAGCGAUGUCGGCGGCAGCGGCGGGGGAGCUUUCGCCCCCAUCACUGCCGCAACGCCAACAGGAGGAACAUAAUCGACUGCGCCGGCGGGAAUCGGACGAUUUACACGUGGCAAGAACACCCGCGAGCAGCUCGGAGUCCCGCGACCGGUCGCGGGGAGUUAGUGGCUGGACCGGUCCUGUGCGCCACGUGUGGUCGUGGUCGGUCUCCAGCGACUCCGAAGCCACCCGCCCAGGUCAACACCGCUCCCCCAUCGUUGAUCGGUUAUGGCGGGAAAGACAGAGGAUGCUGGAAGGACCGAUCGACGUGCCUCCGCCGUCGGUUUUGCUGACGAGGACUCCCUCCGAGAGCCGAUGCGAGAUGGUGUACUCCUUCUCCACCGACCGGUCGUUCGCGGAGCAGUAUCGUAAUCCGUGGGGCUACGUCCGCGUCGGCAAAGUUUUGGAGGAUCUCGACGCUCUCGCUGGCUCCAUCGCCUACGUUCAUUGCACGGACGAUGACGUGUCAACUAGACCCUUGCUCAUCGUCACAGCAUCGGUCGACAAGAUAUCGUUAAAGAAUCAUCUGCUUCUUGAUCGAGAUAUGAAGAUCGAAGGGCAGGUGACUUGGGUAGGGAGAUCGUCCAUAGAAAUAAGGGUGAAGGUAAUGCAAAGACAGGAACUCUUGCCUAGCACCUCAGAAGGUGGUGGUCCCGGCAAUUCGCUGCCAGACGAAGACGAAGGGGAAAAGGCGAGCACUUGGGGAAUUCGGCGGGCACAAAGGGGCGGGGAGGAGGGGGAGGAGGCGGAGGAGGAGGAGGUUUUGGUUGCGCUUUACACUUUCGUGGCGCGUGAUUACCAGACCAAUAAAGCUGUUCCUGUCAAUCGCCUCGCGCCGGAAACAGCGGAAGAAAAGAGACUUUUCGAAGAGGGCCAAGCCCGAGACCGACGACGGAAGGAACUGAGAUCCCGACAGCAGCAACGGCUUCAAGGUGUCCCUUCGAUCUCCCCUAUCCAUCUGAUGGAUGACGAUCGCCUUCACGAAUCCCUAUCCGAGGGUCGAAUCCUGCAAGAAAUGCCUGCUUUGUCAGACGGCAACAGCAUCUUGAUCCGCGACACUCAGAUGGAAAGCACAAUGAUCUGCAUGCACCAAGAGAAAAACAUCCACGGCAAAAUUUUUGGUGGCUUCUUGAUGCGCCAGGCCUAUGAGCUGGCAUUUGCCACGUGUUACGUCUUCUCGGGGCUGAGACCCGUCUUUCUUGAGAACGAUCAGAUUACCUUUCACAGGCCGGUGGACGUCGGCGAUCUCUUGAGACUCAAGGGGUGUGUAUUGUACACGGAAAAGCGGGAUGACCCCUCGUUGGGACCGUUGAUUAGAGUGCAGGUGGUGGCGUAUAUCACCAAGCCGGAAAAAAGAUCCAGUGAAGUAUCAAACACGUUUUACUUCACUUUCAGCGUCAAUGCCCAGGAGCUGAAACAGAGCGGGAGGGCCGUCAGAAGGGUAUUGCCGGCUACAGAAGAAGAGGCCAGAAUAUAUGUCACAAGAUACGAGGCAGAUCAUCCCCCACCCCCUGCUACUUCUUCUUCUCCCCCUCCGCCACCAUCCCCAAGCAGCUAAUUUCUUUUUUUGUUCGACUGAUUGAUUUUUUUUUUAUUUUUUUUUUUUGCGGGCUAUGGAACAAGGGGCCAGA